CGGAGAUGGGGUGUGGGGCGGCAUGUGCAGGACAGACAGCUGGACGGAGGGGAGGCCCAGGCACGGACUCUUGGUCCAGGGCUGGGCAGGGUGGGUGCCGGGCCCUCCCACUUACCGGCUGGCCUUGGCCGGGUCUCUUGCCCUCUUGGGGAGCUCAGUCUUCUCACCUGCAGAAUGGGGGUGUUGUUAGCUUCUCGCUGCCCUGCGUGGGAGAUGUCGGAGGCCUGGGGUGUUGCUGGUGCUCGUGGAUGACAGCUAUCCCGUGAUGGAUGCUGGCGGUCCGAGAGAAGGGCAGGAAGGGGCGACAAUACCUAGACCUCUGCUGUGUCUGCACAGCUCCUGGCUUCCUGAACCUGACAGGGCCCCCGCCUGGGCCUGUCUUUUCUGCUUCACAUCCCACGAGGAGCGUCUCCGCAUCUGCCAGAUCUUCACCGGCAUGGAGGGCCCCGAGCUGGAGACGUGCGAGAAAGAGUUCACCGCAGCCUUCGAGGGCCUCAAGGACGUCCAGAUCAACUACAGUGAGAGAGGCCACUUGCAUGACGUGUUCACCCAGAUGACCCACUCGCUCCAGGAGCUGGCCGCCGCCCAGGGGUCCUUUGAAGUUGCGUUCGCUGAUGCCGCGGAGAAAAUGAGGAGGGUCAUUGUAAAUCUUAAAGAAGCGCAGGCCUGCAUCCCUCCCUGCGGACUGCAGGAGGUCGCCCGGCGUUUCCACUGCCGCGGGUGCUACUCCAAGGUCUGUGACCUCCCGCUGGACUGCCCAGUUCAGGACGUGACGGUGACUCGGGGUCGUCAGGCUAUGUUCUCUUGCACUGUGAACUUCCAGCUGCCCAAGGAGGAGAUCACCUAUUCCUGGAAGUUCGUGGGAGGUCUCCGCACUCAGGACCUGACCUACUUCCGAGAGAUACCGCGGGCGCAAGGCAACCUGGCGCGGAUCCGGCCGGCGCAGCCCAGGCACGGCGGAACCUUCUCUUGCGUGAUCAUGCACGACCAGCAGCCCCUGGCGCGGCUGUAUUUCUUUCUUAACGGUGCGGGCGGGGCUGCACGGGGGCGAAGCUGCGCGGGGGCAGGGACACCUGCUGACGUGCGCGUCCCCGUAGUGACCGGCCCACCCCCACGCGGGGAGACCGAGCUCCAGGUCACCUUUCGGGAUGUGCUGCGAUGGUCGCCCCGUGAGGCGGAGAUGAUGGAACCCUGGAGGCCUAGUCUGGGCGAGCUGCUGGCCAGGCCCGAGGCCCUGACACCUAGCAACCAGGGCCUGCUCGCAGCUGUUGCGGCCAUAGCAUCAGCCAGUGUGACAAUUCUGGCGUGGAUGUUCUUUCGAUGGUACUUCAGUGGCUACUAACAAAGAAGACACCCUCAAUGGAGUCCUUGAUGUCACCCUGAAAGCUUGCUCCUGCCCACGGAGGAGGAAUUUCCUGCUGUCAUAAGGGCACCACCAUCCGCCCAGCUGCUCAGUCAGAAACCUAAGAGCCGUGUGAAUUCCUCCUCUGCUUCCAAUCUAUUUCCUUUUUAACUCCUGAAUAGCUCAAGAAGCUGCCCUCUCUUUAUGCACCCAGCCACCACCAUCUCUUGCCUGGAUCACUGCAGCAGUGUCCGUACUGGCUUUUCAUAGUUUUAAUAAUUUAAAUAUAAGUUGUCCCUCCUGUAUGACAAUAGAAGUCAGAGGUGUGUGUCUGGGUAUCCUUAACGAUGGAUCGCCCCCUUUGUUUACUUACCUAGUUGCUCCUGGAAAUCAGACAGCUGCCUCUUAGUAGUUUCUGUAUUUGCAAACCUGUUAAAGUGUGUGAAAUUCAGUAGGUACUUGGUAAAUGUUUCUGUGACUUGAAGAGUGAAUGAGAAAAGUGUAGACAGUUGGCACGUGGUAGUGGCUACGGUUGUGGACAGCACAGCUGCAGCAUUUUUGGCCUGAGCAGCAGGAAGGAUGGAGAUUGCUGGAGAUGCAGUUUUUGUGGGGAUUAAGGAGGAGGAAGGGGAGGACAGAUGCCAAAGUGGGUUUAGUUAUUAGGUAUCCAAGUGGGAAUGUCUUGGAGGCAGUUGGGCAUAAUAAGUCUGGAAUUUAGGGACAAAGUCCAAUCUGAAGAUAGAAGUUUCAGAGUCCCAUCUCCAGGCUGGAGCACAAAUGAGGCAUUCAGAGCCGUAACACUGGAUGAACAGAAGAAAUCAUUGUAGGUAAGAGAAGUGGAUAAGAAGAGGUUUCUCUGAAGUUACGCAGUCAGCAACAUUAAGAGGAACCAAGAAGGGAAACUGGGGAGCAAGGCGUCUGUGGUAUUCUGAAAACAAAUGAGAGAGGAGAGAGUGAUAACUGUGUCCGAUGUUGCCAAAUCAUGAAAUAGGAGGCCCAAGAAUCGGCCGCUGGCUUUAGUUUAGCACCAUGGAUAUCAUUGGUGAACUUGACAAGAGCAAUUUCAAUGGAGCCAUGGGGGCAAGUACCUGCUUGGCAGGGGUUUAAGAGUCAAUGGGAGUGAGCAGCAUUACUCAGGGAAAUGCAAAUCAAAACCAAAUGAGAAACCACUUCACACCCACUAAGAUACCUGUAAUAAAGUGAGGUAAUAACAAAUGUUGGCAAGGAUGUGGACAAAUCGGAACCCUCAUACUUUGCUGGUGGGAAUGUAAAAUCGGUGCAGACACUGGAAAACUGGCAAUUCCUCAUUAAAGUAACGAGUUAACAAUAUGAUCCAGCAAUUCCUUUCCUAGAGGAUUCCAUUCAGGAGAAUUAAACCUAUGUCCACACAAAAACUUGAACGUGAAAGCUCACAGCAUUAUUCACAAUAGCCAAAAAUUGGAAACAUCCCAAAUGUACAUCAACUGGUAAAUGGAUGAAAUGUGACCCAUCCCUGCAAUGGAAUAUUAUUUGCUGAUACAAAGGAAUGAAUCAGUGAUACGUGCAACACCAAGGAUAAAUCUUGAAAACACCCUGAACCAAAGAAGCCAAUCACAAAAGAGCACAUCACAUGAUUCCAUUUGUAAGAAUUGUCCAGAACAGGUUAAACCUAUAGGGACAGGAAGUAGGGUGCUUUGGGGGGUGAUGGUGGGAGUACGUAGAGGGGUGAGGAGUGACUGCCAGGAGCUAACCGGGUUCCUCUGCAUGAUGAAAAUGUCCUAAAAUUAGAUCAUGGUGAUGGCUGCACAAAUCUAUAACCUUACUAAAGACCAUUAAAAUACAUGCUUUAAGUGGGUGAACUUUGUGGGAGGGAAAUUGGAGACAAAUACAACUCACAAGGAGUUUUGCUAUAGAAGUGGGCCAGUAGCUCAAGGGGAAACAG